GCCAUACGGUACCGAAGCUUGGGCACCGUUAAGUGUAACGUCACGACUGUCACCGAUGCCGACCGUCAAAACUCCGACCUAGUACACACUUGGGACUAGACUAUGUCGAAGUCUCAAGGAGCGAAAUAAACCGGGAAAAGGAAAUGAAGAUUAGAAGGUUUAAGGCGGAAAUAUCUCAGCACGGACCAGAAUUUAAGCAUGGGUUUGGGGAACGAGGCCGAAAUGACCUCCGCUCUGUAAUCAUCAUCAGAUUCAAACGUAACUGUUGAGACGGUGGAAGAUCAGUAUUCCAGUUGUCCGUGACAGAGUACUCUGGCACAGGCUAGCCAGCUUUCUCAUCUAAUGGAAUCCGAGGGGCAUGUGCCUUGAAUCCCAUCCCUGUAGGAUUUCGAACAGGCCCAAUGGAGUGACGAGUUGGAAGAAAAUCAAGACCACAGUUGGGAGGCCGGGGCUAAUCAUUUACUGAGAGGGCCGAGAAUUCCGGUUUCCUGGAAAUACAUGGAUUUUGUUCGCUUGCUCAAGAAGUUAUCUGCUCCGGAAAUAGUUUCGCCCCGUCCCUAUCGCGGCUUAAUCUAGAGUCUAGGUUAAGUAGCGACGCUGCCGCAAUGGACGAAACGAGGGGAAGACCGAUCUCAGACGUCGUAGAGCCCUAUCGGGAGCGAUCGAAGGCUCACGAUGGCGAUGUCAGUAACGGAUAUGUCAUUCAGAACCUAAAUUUAGGGACUCUCCUUAAAUAAAAGUCGCUCCCGAUCAGAUGGCCACAUGUGGCAAAAGACACGACGAGCGACGAGUGCGAUGGAGCCUGAUGGACGACGAUAAUAUGCGGUGGGUGAUUAAAUCAAAUGCAAGUGGUUGUCCGUUACGGUGGUUUUAAUUGAUCACGCGUCUUUUCUCGAUUGUAAUGACGGGGCCAAAAGGCAGCGUCCGAGCGAAGGAGGCAAGCAAGCAAGCAAGCAAGUAUGGAAAGCAACUUCGCUGCAAAUGGUUGUUGAACAAUCACUCUCUCGCCACACCGCCCUCCUCGUCCUACUUUCAGCUGAUCUCCCGAUCCCGCACCCCUCCUCCUCCUCAGUCUAUGAUCGAUGCGAUGCGAUGUAGUGCGCCAUUUGCCUCAAUCAUGUCUUCUUUCCCUCCUUUUUAUCUGCUCGACCCCGACCUCAACCUCGACUGUCCUCCUUCCUUCCAUCCUACUCCAGCGUGUACCGCGACGCACUUCACUUCGGUCGACCGGCAGGAGACCGGCGAGACCGGUGCCUCCCUCCAUGGCCUGUGGGUCCAGGUCAUCAUGUUCUUGGAAGGGCGCCAAUCAAAGCGGAUCGUAUGUCCGCUCACCGUACUCUCCCGCACACCUUCAGGGAUCUUUGGCGGAUCUAUCCCUUUAGUGCUCGCUCCAGGGGGAGGGACGACGUGGUUCAGAUCUCUCUCAUCCCAGAGAAGGUUCUCACGCCAAACUCCACUAAUCGGGAAAAUCCGGUACGUACGACAAAUUUCCAUUUGUUUCGAAUUUGAACAUACGCAGCCAGCGCGGGCGGUGCCAAUUUGGCAGUCCGUGCCAAGUCUAGCUGGACACACCCGACCCGACCGACCCAGUCUGCCCGCCCCGCCCAGCCCGUCAUCGAACGGAGGAGGGGUUUGGCGGAGAAUAAGACUAAGCACUUUUUCCUCUUUAUAGCGCCAGAAGGAAGUCUUCUCUACACGACGCAAUUUUAUUUAUUUUGUAAGAGUCGUGAAGUUGUGACUUACGUUGCUUUCUGUGGCAUUUUUCUUGGCACCACGGGACUGACCGGGGUCGGAGUGGCAAAUGAAUCAGACUCUGAAUUUUUACCCUAGAUCUAAAUUUAUGAUUUGCCUGCACUUUGAAAAGUCUAAAUAUCUCUCCCUUUACGCUUAAGUCAGACCGGGUCCGUUAGGUUCAAUAAUGACAUAUUGCGCUUGCAAAUCACUUUCCAGCCCGAAGCCGUGCACGGCUACUUUCUGCAUAUUUUUUAGAAUAUUCUGCAAAAUCAUCAAGACAAGCCAGAUCAUAUUUUAUGUCCAGAGUUUAAUUUCACUGUCUCGCAUAUUUUUUUAUAAAAUUUUUCGGUUAUUUAUUUGAGGGUAUGUUGAUUUCCCUAGACAUGGUUGAAUAUUAUUUAUGUUAUAGAUACUGUUAUGAACAUUGAAUGUAGUCUGCUGGAGACUAUGUUGUUCAUACGCUAUAGUCCAAGCUUCCGUUCUUCAAAAGAAAGGCGUCGCAUGGAGUUCAUAGACAGAUGGCCAGAAUUCCUUCUUAAUUCGUUACACAAAGUUCUGUUCCAGUAAUGUGCGACUUGGACCAGAGAUAUUACAACUGAUUGACUUGAGAACAAUGAAUAUGACAUCUCAUCGGCCAACAAAUGACCGCCGCUUUUACUCCUCAUUCGUGAGAAUGAGAAUUAUGUACCUCGGGUAAACAAUAAUUUGAUGC